CUCCGCCGGUCGUGGCGCUCGCGCAGCUCACCUGCGCCGCUGCUCCAGGUGUGCGGUUCCCAACGCUCUCACCUGUCUGGGCCGCGGGGAGGGCGCCCAGGAGAGCCUGUAGCCGGGCGGAGAUGGUAGAGGAAACACUACAGAAACUGUAUGGAGAGCAACUCACCUGACUCCAGAAGCUCCUGUUACUUCCUGUACAAUAGAGAUAUUCCUAUCAUGCUGCUACUUCAUUGAAUAGAGCUCAGUGGUCUUUGAGGAUGUGGCUGUGGACUUCACUCUGGAGGAGUGGGCUUUGCUGGAUUCUGCUCAGAGGGAGCUCUACAGAGAUGUCAUGCUGGAAAACUUCAGAAACCUGGCCUCUGUGGAUGAUGAGACUCAAUUUAAGGCCAAUGGGUCAGUUUCUCAGCAGGGUAUUUUUGGGAAUAAAAUAUCAAAGUUCACUGGAAAUGAUUCCUGGGCCUCAGUCUUAGGAAAAAUUUGGGAAGAACUCAGCCUUGAAGAUCAGCACAUAGACCAGGGGAGACAUCUGAGAAAUCAUGUGGUGGAGAGACUCCGUGAAAGUAAUGAUCAGUGUGGGGAAGGCUUCAGUCAGAUUCCAAAUCUUAACCUGUACCAGAAAACUCUUACUGGAGUGAAACAGUAUGAAUACAGUGCAAAUGGACAAGUCUUCAUGCAGCAUUCAUCCCUCAAGAAUCACAUCGCUGUUCACACCGCGCACAAGUCGUAUCAAUGUCAGGAAUGUGGACAGUCCUACAUUUGUCGUUCACACCUAAGGACGCAUGUGAGGACCCACAAUGGAGAGAGACCCUAUGUGUGUAAAUUAUGUGGAAAAACCUUUCCUCGUACUUCUUCCCUCAACCGGCACAUAAGGAUUCAUACUGCUGAGAAAGCCUAUGAAUGUCAGCAAUGUGGGAAAGCCUUCAUUGAUUUUUCAAGUCUUACUAGUCAUGUGAGAACUCACACUGGAGAGAAGCCCUAUAAAUGUAAGGAAUGUGGGAAAGCUUUCAGUUAUUCCUCAACUUUUCGAAGACACACGAUAACACACACUGGAGAGAAGCCCUAUAAGUGUAUGGAAUGUGGGGAAGCCUUCAGUUAUUCCUCAACUUUUCGAAGACACAUGAUAUCACACACUGGGGAGACGCCACAUAAAUGUAAGGAAUGUGGGGAAGCCUUCAGUUAUUCCUCGGCUUUUCGAAGGCACAUGAUAACACACACAGGAGAGAAGCCCUAUGAAUGUAAACAGUGUGGGAAAACCUUCAUUUAUCUCCAAUCCUUUCGAAGGCAUGAAAGGAUUCACACUGGAGAGAAACCCUAUGAAUGCAAGCAAUGUGGAAAAACCUUCAUUUAUCCCCAGUCAUUUCGAAGGCACGAAAGGACUCAUGGUGGAGAAAAACCCUAUGAAUGUACCCAGUGUGGGAAGACAUUCAGCCACCCCUCAUCCUUUCGAGGACACAUGAGAGUGCACACUGGGGAGAAACCUUACGAGUGCAGUCAGUGUGGAAAAACUUUCAACUGGCCCAUAUCCUUGCGAAAACAUAUGAGAACACACACUAAAGAGAAACCUUACCAGUGUAAACAAUGUGGAAAAGCCUUCAAUUUGUCUGCUUGCUUUCGAGAGCACGUGAGAAUGCAUCCUGGAGACAAAUCAUAUGAAUGCAAGCUGUGUGGGAAAGCUUUCUAUUGCCACAUCUCCUUACAAAAACACAUGAGAAGGCACACUGCAGAGAAACUUUAUGAAUGCAAGCAAUGUGGGAAAGCUUUCAGUUGGCCUGAACUCUUGCAACAGCACGUGAGAACACACACUGCAGAGAAACCUUACAAAUGUAAGGAGUGUGGUAAAGUCUUCAAAUGGCCCUCAUCUUUACCAAUACAUAUGAGGAUGCACACUGGAGAGAAACCAUAUGAAUGUCAGCAGUGUGGGAAAGCCUUUAGCUGUUCCUCGUCCUUAAGAAGACACAUGAGGAUACAUACUACUGAGAAACACUACACAUGUAACUCGGGAAAUCCUCCUGCAAGUGAAUUCAUGCACAGUGCUUCAGAAAAUUCACAUCAGGAGAGAAAUCUUAUAAAAGUUGUAAAUCUGGUAUUGCCUGUAUGAGUACCUCAUCAUUAAAGUGGACCCAUAGGGAGUGUAUUUCCAGUUCUUUUGCAAAUAUUUAGAUGGAAAUUAACUGAAGUACUCUUUUGGUUAUACUACAAACAUUUUACAGGUAGUGUUUUUUUUCUUAUGCUUUAGGAAAUAAAACAUUUCUUUUUACAGUU